AUGAAUAGGAAGUUACUACUACAAUACACUUGCAAUUUACAGUUGUCCAUACAAGAAUCAAUCGUUGCCACACAAACAAAGAGAAAAAGGCAACAGCUCACUUUGAUUGAUACUAAUCAAAGAAUGGGCCACCCAAAUGGAUUAGCACCUCUUUUCUCAUUUGGGGUUAUCACAGAUGUCCAGUAUGCAGACAUUCCCGAUGGGUAUUCAUUCCUUGGUGUACCUCGAUACUAUAGAAACAGCAUGCUCGUGUUACAAAGAGCAGUAAAGAAAUGGAAUAAUCACCAAGAUAUCAAAUUCUCACUAAAUCUUGGCGACAUUGUUGAUGGAAAAUGUCCCAAAGACCAAUCACUAGAUGCUGUUUGUAAAGUAAUUAAAGAAUUUCAAAAUUUCAAUGGUCCUACAUAUCAUAUAAUCGGAAACCACUGUCUCUACAAUCUUCCUCGCAGCAAGUUGCUUCCAUUGUUGUCCAUUCCUAGUCAUCAUCCCCAUGCUUACUAUGAUUUUUCCCCAAUCCCAGAAUACAGAUUCGUUGUUCUUGAUGGGUAUGACAUCAGCGCAAUUGGUUGGCCUCAUGAUCAUCCUCACACAAUUCAAGCCUUGAACUUUCUAAACGAAAAAAACCCUAAUUCCAACAAAGAUAGUCCUAAUGGGCUAGUGAAUCUUGAAAGAAGAUUUGUGAAAUUCAAUGGUGGAGUUGGGAAAGAACAGUUGAAAUGGUUAGACAACAUACUCCAAGAUGCAACAAACUCGAACCAAAAAGUUGUUGUAUGCUGUCAUGUUCCCCUAGAUCCUGGAUCCACAUCGAAUGAUGCAAUUUUGUGGAAUUAUGAUGAAGUUAGGGAUGUAAUUCAUAGGUAUGAUUGUGUGAAGGUUUGUUUAUGUGGUCAUGAUCAUCAUGGGGGACACUCUGUUGACUCUCAUGGAGUACAUCAUCGAGUACUUGAAGCAGCUUUGGAAUGCCAGCCUGGCAUAGAUGCGUUUGGAUAUGUAGAUGUGUUUGAAGAUAGGUUAUCACUUAUUGGUGCUGAUGGAAUGGUAAGCAGUGAAAUGGUUUUCAAGCGCUAAACAUGACAUGAUAUGAUUUAGAUUUUGAUUUUUUUACAAGAAGACUAAAUUACAGUUUUGGUCCCUGUGGUUUCCACUAUUCUGCACUUUAGGUCCAAGUUUUGAAACUUAUUCUCGGAUGGUCACUGUGGUUGGCAAAAGUUGCGUGCUUAGUCCAUGAAUCUUGUUAAAUGUCUCUAAAAUGAACAUUUACCCC